CAACCGCGAAACGCGGGGAGAGCUCCAAACGGCUUCAGGUUUUAAUAACUCUGAUUACAUUGGUUGUCACGGCAGAGCCAGCCGGCGGCCGCGGACCUUGAUUUGCCUGGCCUGCCUCUGCCGUGGUCCCGGUCCACGAGGCAUCCACCCAUAUAAACCCACACGCCACAGUCCACGCUCUCAUGGUUGCCUUCCCUGCACGGCCCCUCCCCUGCCCCUUCCGCUCCCGCAACGGGUGUGCCUCCGUUCCGGCCCCGCCCGACCUUCUCUCACCUCUCCAGCGCUCGCCUCCCGAUCCUCCUGCAGUCCCACCUCCUUCGCCGCCUUCUCAUCGCUUCCAAAAUCGCAAAGCCGGAUCGCGGGGACAUGGACCCGGACGACGAGUCCGCGGCGCAGCGGAAAGCCGCCGACUUGCACCUGCCGCGCGUCACGGAGCCUGCCUCCGCGCCCGCACGCACCUUCUGCGCCGCGCAGCGCGUGCUCAGCUACGGUGACGGCCCUGUCGCCUCCGCCUCGGCGCAGCGCUGCGCGUCGUUCCCGCAGCGCCACGGGCACGGGCACGGCCACGGCGAGGCGGCGCUCGCCCCUGCUGCGUCCUUCGCCGCCUGGGUCGACGGCGGCCCGACGCCGCCUUCGGCGGUGGCAGCGGCACUGGAGCGGGCCAUGUCGCAGUACGACGGCGCGGGCGACGCGCUGCCGGAGUUCGUCGGCGCCGGCGGGGGCGAGGGCAUCUUCCGCGUGCCGCUCCGCGCGGCGGUGCACCCGGCCCGCCCGCCGCCGCUCGAGGUGCGUCCCCACCCGCUGCGGGAGACGCAGGUGGGCGCCUUCCUGCGGACGCUGGUGUGCGACCCGCGGCGGCGGAAGCUGUGGGCCGGCGCCGAGUCCGGGGUCCGGGUGUGGUGCCUCGACGAGGUGUUCCGCGGGUGGUGGCCAGGCGCCGGGCCGCGGCGCCGCGGCGACGAGGAGGCCGCGCCCUUCAGGGACUCCGUGCCGGUCCCGCCCGCGCUCUGCGCCGCGGUCGACAGCGCCAACGGGCUGGUGUGGACGGGACACAGGGAGGGCAGGAUCAGGGCGUGGCGCGUGGACCACGCCGCGCCCGCCGGAGGAGACCCCACCGGCAGCGCGGCCAUGUUCAAGGAGGCCUUCGCGUGGCAGGCGUUCAGCCGCACGCCGGUGCUCGCCAUCGUCGUCACGCCGUACGGUGAAAUUUGGUCAGGAUCGGAAGGAGGUGCGAUAAAGGCAUGGCCUUGGGAAGCCCUUGCUAAGUGCCUCUCAUCUACACCAGAAGAAAUUCAUGAGGCUGCCUCGUUGGUUGAAAAAUCCUAUAUCGACCUUAGGAACCAUGCUACAGUUGGUAACAUGUGCUCUUUGCCUACUGCUGAUGUGAAACACAUGCUCGCAGACCACUGCCGAUUGAAAGUUUGGAGUGUAACUAGCAUGACAUUUGCUCUUUGGGAUGCUAAGACUAGGGAGCUUUUAAAAGUAUUUGGCAUCGAUGGCCAAGUCGACUUAGCUCGUCCUGAGGCCCCAGUAAUGCCGGAACAAUUCAUAGAGGAAGAGAUUAAAGCAAAACCCACAAAAAAGGAGAAACUGCAAGGUUCUUUAAGUUUCUUUCGGAAAUCUAGGAAUGCCUUGAUGGGCGCAGCUGAUGCUGUACGCAGAGUUGCAACAAAAGGGACAUUUGUGGAAGAUAAUCGGCGAACCGAAGCGGUGGCUCAAGCAAUGAAUGGGACUAUUUGGUCUGGUUGUACAGAUGGUUCAAUUAUUGUGUGGGAUGGAAAUGGGAAUAGACUGCAAGAAUUUCAUUACCAUAGCUCUUCUGUUCAAUGCAUAGAGGCACUCGGAGAGAGGAUCUGGGUGGGCUAUGCAAGUGGUACUAUUCAAGUUAUGGAUGUUGAAGGUAACCUUCAGGCAGGAUGGAUUGGUCAUAGCUGCCCAGUCAUAAGCAUGGCAGUCGGCGAUUCUUACAUUUUUUCUUUGGCACAUCAUGGUGGCAUUCGAGGAUGGUCUCUAAGUUCCCCUAGCCCUCUUGAUGAUAUUCUACGCUAUGAAUUGGCUAGCAGGGAGCUGUCAUACACAAGGCUAGAGAACCUUAAAAUACUGGUUGGGACUUGGAAUGUUGCACAAGAGAAAGCUUGUCCUGAAGCGCUAAAGUCAUGGUUGGGUGGUGCAUUUUUCGAUGUUGGGUUGGUGGUGGUUGGUUUGCAAGAGGUCGAGAUGGGUGCUGGAGUUCUUGCCAUGGCAGCAGCCAAAGAAAGUGUAGGACUUGAGGGCAGUACCAAUGGGCAAUGGUGGAUAGACAGUAUUGGCAAAACACUUGAUGAGGGGAUAUCCUUCCACAGGGUUGGUUCAAGGCAGUUGGCAGGAUUACUUAUUGCUGCAUGGGCAAGGAAUGACCUUAAGCCACAUGUUGGUGAUGUUGAUGCUGCUGCAGUGCCAUGUGGCUUUGGACGUGCUAUUGGCAACAAGGGUGGUGUAGGAUUAAGAAUAAGAGUCUUUGAUCGCAGGAUAUGUUUUGUAAACAAUCAUUUUGCUGCACACCAAGAAAAUGUUAGCCGCCGUAAUGCUGAUUUUGACCAUAUUUAUCGGACAAUGACUUUCAACAAACCCCAUGGAUCUACAGCUUCUGCUACAUCUGUCCAAUUGCAUAAAGCAGUGAGUGCUAAUGAAAACCAAGCCGAUGAAGAUAGGCCUGAGCUGGCAGAAGCUGACAUGGUUGUCUUUCUUGGUGAUUUCAACUACCGACUUGAUGGCAUCACCUAUGAUGAAGCAAGGGAUAUGGUCUCUCAGAGGAGCUUUGACUGGCUUAGAGAAAGGGACCAACUUCGAGCGGAAAUGGAGGCAGGAAAUGUGUUUCAAGGAAUGCGUGAAGGUCGAAUCAAAUUUCCUCCGACCUACAAAUUCCAACGACACCAGAUGGGUCUCUCAGGGUACGAUUCAGGCGAGAAGAAGAGAAUACCUGCUUGGUGCGAUAGAAUACUAUAUCGUGAUAGCCGUUCUGUAUCAAUGCCUGAAUGCUCAUUAGAGUGUCCUGUUGUCGCUGCAAUUACAGCGUACGAAGCUUGCAUGGAUGUCACAGAUAGUGAUCAUAAACCAGUGAGAUGUACAUUUAGCGUUGAUAUUGCGAGAGUAGACGAGCUGAUAAGAAGGCAAGAGUAUGGAAAAAUAGUCGAGUCUAACAAAAGGGUACACUCUUUGCUUCGGGAGUUGCAUUUUGUUCCGGACACUAUCGUCAGCACAAACAACAUUAUAUUGGAAAACCAAGAAGAUGUCAUCCUCCGAAUAACUAAUAACUGCGAAACUAGUAAGGCUGCAUUUGAAAUCCUGUGUGAAGGCCAAUCAAUCAGAAAGCAAGAUGGAACUAAAUCUGAGCCAGUCAUAAGGGCAUCCUUUGGCUUUCCACUUUGGCUUGAGGUCCAGCCAUCAUCCGGCCUCAUCGGACCAGGAGACACAACGGAAGUCGCCGUGCACCACGAAGACUUCUUCACGCAAGAAGAGUUCGUCGACGGGGUGCAGCAGAGCUGGUGGUGCGAGACCACCAGAGACAUAGAGGUCGUCCUGUCGGUGAACGUCACGGGCGUCGCCUCGACCGAGGCCGCCACGCACAGGAUCACCGUCCGGCACUGCUGCCCGGCGCCUCCAGCCCCGCCGUCCGCUAACCCACGCGGCCCCAUUACCGACUCACCUAGCGACGCUGUGCCAGGUCCCAAGAGUAGCCAGUCGAAUCACUUGCUGCGUUCUGACUUCGCAAACUUCGGCAGCUCCGAGGUGCGCGACCUGUGCGGCGUGCGGAAGCGGAACCUGUAGAGACGAGCAGCUCAGUUUUGUUUUGCCUGGUGCUGUGGUUUUUUUGCUUUCUGUCCGAGUGUUUAGCCGGUGGAGUCUUGGAUUUCUUGCCUAAGCUUGGGGGUGGGGGUGGGGAGAGAAGAAGUGGUUCUGCUCUUCAUCUUGUUCUGUACAUAUGCGUCCCUGACCUCUCACGUCUCACCGUCCUUUGCAUAUCAGAUCAAAAAGGGAAAAGAAAAAAGUGUGUGUGUGCAGUUGUUGCAAACAUUUUUCUUUUUACAUUCUUACGUUCUAGAUGUGGCAUUGAAAUUAUGUGGUUAGAAGGUGGAGUACAUAAUUGUGUGUGUACUUAUAAUAGAGGUUUACUUCAUUGAAUCAAGCUAGUGUGAAUUAUACACAGAGGCAGUACAUUUAACUUA